UCUGCCGUUACAAUCAUCGUCUUCUCCCCCCCCAUCGUAUAAAUAAAACAUCCGAGCGACGACCGGAGUUGUCGUAGUCGUAGUCGUAGUCAAACGAUGUUCAAGGUGUAUGCGGAACGGGCGGAGUUGUUGCUGGAGGACUGCCGUGCGGGUGCGGGGCCUUGGCUGCGCCUGGCUGCAAACACGUCGACUGGCGGGGUCGACAUCGAGCAGCUAGCGGGCAGCGCGGCGCAGCCCACUGAGGACGCGGCCACCGUACCUAUCCAUGCGGUCUACGGCGUGUACACGCUGCUGAGCGGGCCGUACCUUGCGGUGGUGACGGACUCGCGCGUGGUGGGAUCGGGUCCGAAUAGUGAGAAAAUCUACUGCAUUCUGGAGGUGACGCUACUAUCCGUGAGCGCAGCAGCCCACCAGAGCUUCUUCAAACACGCCAGUACGCGUGAGAAGCAGGAUGAGCGUGAAUACUGCCGCAUGCUCACGUCGGCACUGGCUUCGCGCACCUUUUACUUCAGUUACGACUUGGAUCUGACGUUGUCGGCCCAAAAACGAGCGUCGGCCUCGUCCUCGUUGGCAGCACAGCGCCAGUCACCACUAUACGCACGUUCGGAGGAGGAUUUCUUCUGGAACAAGCCAGUCCUGAGCAAGUUUAUUGAGCUGGAGCUAGGUGACUGGAUCGUGCCUGUUAUCUCGGGCUUCGUCAAGGUCAUCAAGAAAUGCGACGUCAACGGCCAGCGCUGCGAUAUCCUCUUCUUCACCAGAAGGAGCUGGCGACGAGUGGGCACUCGCUUCAACGUGCGAGGCCACGAAAGUGUUGUGGACUGGAAUGAAUUGGCCUUCCGCGCUCACAUGGACAACCUCAUCCAACGCUACGGACACAUCACGUGCGUGAACCUCAUUGACAAGGCUGGCAAGAGCGCGACUGUGCGCGAUCAGGCUCAGCUCGGCUCUGCGUUCGGCAAAUACGUCAAGAAGUACAAUCAACUAUCGAAAUCUGGUGAUGGAACGAGUUCCAUCGCAUCAUCAGUGGCGUCGCCCAUGCCAGCGUCCCCUGCGCUUCACGCCGUGUCACCUCGUCAACACAAGAGCUUGUCGGUCUCCCUGCCCGCUGCACCUGGAUCCAGCACGAGUAACGGAUUUGGACCGUCAAGUGCAACAGGAUCUGCAGCGGGGUCUCCAACCGCAUCUAUUGCCAGCAACAGCGACAAGGGAUCUGGACCAUCAGCUACGCUUCCACUGCAGUCGUCGAUGUCGCUUCCCGUGCGAGAGCAUCCUCAGCUGAGUAUCGCGGUACCGUCGGCACCCACGUCGAUUUCGCAGCUCUUUGCUGAGCCUGUUGCUUAUGUAUGGUUCGACUUUCAUCACGAAUGCCGCAAGAUGGCGUGGCACAACCUGUCCAAGCUCAUGUCGGAGGUGGAGGAACAGUUUACGCAGUAUGGAUGGUUUGAGUGUGAUGGCGAAGGACGGCUUCUGUCGCGUCAGCGUGGCGUCUUUCGUGUUAACUGCAUGGACAACUUAGACCGCACGAACGUGGUAAUGAGCCUCUUUGCUCGGCGUACGGUACUCAUGGCGAUGCAGCUCUACCCGCUCAAUUCCUCUGGAAAUGACAAUAGCAAUAGUGUGCUGGACUCGCCCUACCACAGUUUCGAGGUGGUCUUUAAGAAUGCGUGGGCUGAUAACGCGGACUAUGUAAGCAGGAUGUACGCAGGCACAGGCGCGCUCAAGACCGACUUCACGCGCACAGGGCGACGAACAAUCGCAGGUGCCCUUCAAGACGGCGUUAAUUCGGUCACUCGCUAUUAUCUCAAUAACUUCUCGGACGGCAUUCGCCAGGACUCGUUCGAUCUGCUCGUCGGGAACUUCGCACCGGAUAAGCGGGACGAAUCCCCAUUCACUUUUCAGCAGCAGCACAGUCUGCUGAAUAUGAUGCUAGAGGCCACACUCGCUACACUUGCGGUUAUCAGUGUGUCUCUUAGCAUGCGCCCGGACCUUCCAGUCGUGACACGUGUGCGCGACGGCGUCAUCGCAACGUUCGCCCUCUUUACUAUAAUGGGAUACCUCAUCAUCAAAAAGGGUAAAUUCCGUUCCAUCGGGCGCCGAUACGUAUGCAAGCCCGCUUUCAGCUCCAGUGGUUAUAUCCGUCGGAAGACGGCGUAG